AUGUAAUAAUUACAUAUAAAUCUAAAAAGUGCUUCUUACUAAAACUUGUAAAGGAUAAAGUCUCUAGAUUUGCUCAGUCCAAGAUCACAAAGAGUUUUCAAAUAAGUUCGUAUUUAAGAGUUGAAAAAUAUUAGAAUGUCGAAUAUAAAAUUUAAGGAACAACUAAAUGGAGUUCUACAUUUGGAUCCUAAUAAAAUAUAAAAUAUAUCUCAUUUACCAAGCUUAAAUCAAAUUCCUAUUUAAGAUCAACAAAAAGUUGACAACAUAUCUAAAAUAAAAAUAAAAAUUAUACCCAGAGAAAAAAACGAGUCGAAAAUUAGUUUCUAGUAAUUUAAAUUUAAUGACAGAAAUAUGCUAAGAUCAAAAUAAGUAUGCAACAAAAAAAAAGAAAAUGAUAAUCAACAAAAGAGAAGUCAAAGCUUUAACAAUAAAAUACAUACUAAUAAAGUUUAAUAUUAAUUUAUAUAAUAAUUAAAAAUUCUCUCAACAACAAUCUUAAAUCAUCUAUCUUAAUAAACCAAUUAAUUAGAUCGCUAAUUUGAUCAAUUAGAAAAUUAAUUAUCUUUUUGA